CCUUUUCCUCCAAUAAAUUUCGUCGGAAUAAACCAAAGACCGGCUCAAGUAUCUCAUUUCUGCCGUCGAUUUAAACUUAAAACUCCUCCAGAUCAACAUCCUACAUUCUGCCAUGUCAGUGAUCUGUGGCUUCGCCCAUUCUCCAAUCAAAACCGACCUCACAUGUUUAUAAAUACGAAAUACCAACUACAUUUCAUUUCCAUCUCAAGGAUAUAUCUAUAGAUUCUAAACUGACUCGAACCCUCUCUCCCUUUCGCAUCUCUGUUUGCGUUUGUUUCCCGAGAAAAAGAAAAGUCCGAUGGCCCCCAAAGCUGCCGAGAAGAAGCCAGCCGAGAAGAAGCCUGCCGAGGAGAAGAAAUCCGCUGUGGCGGAGAAGGCUCCUGCAGAGAAGAAGCCCAAGGCCGGAAAGAAGCUCCCGAAGGAAGGCGGAGCCGUUGCUGGCGACAAGAAGAAGAAGCGGACCAAGAAGAGCGUGGAGACAUACAAGAUCUACAUCUUCAAGGUGUUGAAGCAGGUCCACCCUGAUAUUGGGAUCUCCAGCAAGGCCAUGGGGAUCAUGAACAGCUUCAUCAACGACAUCUUCGAGAAGCUCGCUCAGGAGGCUUCACGGCUCGCGAGGUACAACAAGAAGCCUACCAUCACCUCCCGGGAAAUCCAGACCGCUGUGCGCCUCGUGUUGCCUGGUGAGUUGGCUAAGCACGCCGUUUCCGAGGGGACAAAGGCCGUCACCAAGUUCACCAGCUCUUAAAUUGUACGCUUGCAGGCCUAGGGUCUGUGAAGAAAUUGGGGAAGAAAACUAGGGUUAGGGUUUGUGUUAUCUCUAUAUCAGUAUCCUUAUUUUGUCUUUUGAUUUGAAGUAGUAGAUGCACGUUUAAUGUAAGUACCUAUAUGCUUUAAGAUGGAAUGGAAAAUCUUUUGACGUAA